AUGAACGCAUAAUCUAUCAAACCUCUGCAACUAAAAGUAGAAGACAUCUCAAGAAUCUUAAACUCUGAUAAGAUGCUGCUAAGUAGAAUGAGUGAUACUUGCUUUAGGCGAUGUAUCGCCAGCUUUGAGAGGGAAUACCUAAAUCCUUUGGAGUAAAACUGUGUUGACAGAUGCAUCUACAAAUACGAUUAAAUGAUUAGAGAAGUAAUGUCUCCCUCCUCAUAACAACAAUAAAACCCACAAAAUGCCCUAUAGAAGAAAUGA